AUGACUUGUAAAUUAGAAAAAUUUUAUCAAAAAGACGAUGAAAAUCAUGAUGUAAAAAUUUACGUUGGCGAUCCUCCAAACGUAAUUUCAUUUUCUUUACAUUCAGAGGUGUUAAAAAAGGGAUCAAAAUACUUUCAAGUCGCUUUAUCAAGUGAAUGGGCAAGAAAACAAGAUGGUUUGAUUGUAUUAAAUUUACCAAGCAUUUCUCCUGAAGUCUUUAACUUUUUACUAAAUCACUUGUAUACAGACGAACUAAUAUUCGAAGGUGCUCCAAAUGACGGAAAAAGUUGUUUAAAUCGUAUAGUGGCUGCGGAUGAAUUAGGACUUACCAAACUGUUAAAAUAUGAACAACAAUUCUUAAUAACCUAUCGUUCAGAAUGGUUGCGUAAUAAUUUUUUAUUAGUCUAUAAAAUAAUAACUACAUUACCAACUUUAGAGUUAUUACGAAACUUUUGUCUGCAAAUGCUUUGUCAAGAACCUAGAUUACUUUUAAAUGAUCAAACAAUUCAUUUAGUUGAUGAACGUACUUUAGCUGAAUUAUUGAAAAUGGAUGUUCUUCAAAUGGACGAACUUACAAUUUGGAAUAUCGUAAUUUUAUGGGGUAUUUCUAAAGUACCUUAUUUGUCAGAAUCAAGUAUUGAUGAUUGGACUCAAGAUGAUUGGGAACUCUUAAAAUCUGGUUUAGCAAAUAUUAUUCCAUUAAUUAGGUUUGAACAUAUCUCGAAAAGAGAUCUAUAUAAUACAGUUAAACCUUUUUCAGAAAUUUUACCAAAACAAGUUUUAUCUAAAAUUUCAAUUCAAGCAAAUGAAAAUAGCGUUAAUGAAAUUAAUUUUACAAAUUUAAAUAUUUCUACUCCAAAACGUUUUCAACAAAUCGAUUCAACAAUAAUUUCUGUUUCACACCUAUCACAAAUAUCUGAUUGGAUUAAAGGUGAAUCUUGUUGUGAUUCUCUUCAAUCAAUUUCUUUUAAUUUCACUCUGAUUUUAAGAGCAAGUAGAGAUGGUUAUUCUCCAAAAACAUUUCAUAGAUGGUGUGAUGAUUAUGGUGCUCCAACAUUAAUCGUAAUUAAACUUAAAGAUUCUUGUCAAGUUAUUGGAGGUUAUAAUUGUUUUUCUUGGAAAUCUCCUUUGUUAUUUUCAACAGCUCAACAUGAUGAAAAUGCUUUCAUUUUUUCAUUAUGUGAUAAAGAUGGUAAUAGAAAAAAAGCAAAAGUAGCUAGACCUAAACUAUUAAUUAAAAAGAAAUGUCGUAAUAAUAGUAAAAGGAAUUUUAUGAAGGACGCGAAAAAACAUUUUAAAUCACCAAGUCCAUCUUUAAAAUUUUCAAGAUUAUGUGGUCCAUGUUUUGGAAAAAGUGAUUUAAAAAUACAAAAUAGAUUUUGUUAUUGUAAACAACAAGAUUAUGAUGAAAGUAUUAUAGAACAAUCAGGAUUUUUCGAAAUUGAAGAUUAUGAAAUUUUUCGCGUUGAUAUUCGUAAAAUAUAA